CUCUUCUUGGACCCUCGUCGCCGUGGCAAGCACUCACAUCCAUUCGUCAACGAUGAAGCGAUCGCUCGUGGUCGUGGCUGUCGUCACCGCCGCCGCCUCGACGGAUAUCGACAUGGCGUGUACAUCCACGGUGUGGCCAGUGUUGGGGGUCUUGCGCAAGUCUACCGAGGCCGCGGUGUGUGUGAAAGCGCUGAUUCCGGAAUCACCCCCGAAGCAACUGACGUUCUUGGACAUCCCGUAUGAGAACCGGACUGACGUCAUCCAUCGCAUGGCCGAGUUGAAGCCGUGCCAGGCCUGGUUCGAUAAGGCCACGACCACUAUCCGAGCGAUCACACCGCCCUGUGUGUACACGCAAGGCAACGAUAGCUACGCAACUUCCACGUUCAACCUGACGUUCAUCGAGUACCUCGACCGAUUUGAAUGGCCGUGGACUGGUGAGCAUGAUAAUGAUCAGUCGCCCAGACCAACUCUGUUCAAGCCUGUGAACACCAAGACACCAUCGACCGGUAUGUCGACUAGUCCAACGACGACGACAACACAGGUAGCCUCUAAGGCCGCCUCGUUCGCCCCGCCGUUGCUGUCCUAUGUUCUUGUUCUUGUGCUCAUUGCUAUCGUGUAUGGCGGCUAAUGGAGUACUAUUAGUUACUUUUAAACCGCUGGUAGUAUACGUAUAGUUUGUAGUACAUACACUCUCCAGAAUUGCUC